UGUGGGGAGAUUUCUCCUAUUGUGACUGGCUUGGUUUCGAGGGAGAAAGGGAGGGGGCGAGAGAGCAAGAGAAGGCAAUAUAAAUUUUGGAAGCGACUGCUGAGAAAUUCAACUUUGUCUUGGCCAGACUGAUCCCUGAGAAGGCACAGAGGAAUAGCACUCAAGGAAAAGGUGAAGUAAUGAAUUAUGGGGGAACUUCAGUUUUCCAAGUUCCAAAGCCCCACAGCAUCGCGACAAUGUUCCCGAAGCGUUUCCAGCAGUGGAGUUUCGUGGUCUUUCUGCUGAGUUACUGUGUACCUUCUUCUGGGAGAUCGCUGGAAGGGAGCAGUCGCAGACUCAGCAAAAGGACAGUUUCUGAAUAUCAGCUGUUGCAUGACAAAGGAAAGUCUUUGCAAGAUAUACGAAGAAGAAAUUUCCUGCAAAACCUAAUUGAAGGGGUGAACACAGCUGAGAUCCGGGCUAUGUCAGAGGUAUCCCCUAACCCUAAACCUGCCACCAUUGCAAAGAACUAUGCUGUCCGAUUUGGCAGUGAUGACGAAGGCAAAUACCUGACUCAGGAGACCAACAAAGCUCAGACAUUCAAGGAACAGCCCAUUAAGACACCUGGAAAGAAAAAGAAAGGGAAACCUGGGAAACGUAAGGAGCAAGAGAAGAAAAAAAGGAGGGUUCGUUCAGCUUGGCCCAGUUCAAGAGGGUCUGGCAGUGGAAUGGCAUGGACCCCCCCUCUUGGACAUCUUUAGUACUACAUGUGUUAAAUCAAGGAGGCGUUGACAUCUUUAGCAUAGAUCUUUGGGAAACACAUUGCAGUAUUCUGUAAUACUGAACAUAUGGAAAGAAGUAUUUAUUAUCUGUACAUACUGUCAAUAUGUCAGGAUGAAGCCUUGGCCGCAGAUGCUCUCCAAAAUUGCACAUUUGAACAUUGUGAAUACUGGGCAAUUUUUUUGUACUAAGACAAUUCUUGUCACAUUUACUAUAAUUUAUUUUGUUGAAUGAUGUAUUUAUUUCCAUGAACUUUUAUCUUGGUGCUGCUGACUUUCUAUAUAUAAUGUAAAAUAUUGCACUUUAGAUAUAUGUUAUGUCUUAUGCUGGUAAGACAUAAAUAAAAUAUUCUUGUUUUUAUUGGUUUUAAUGAGUUGCCCAAGUUAAAUUGUUGAAAAAUUAUUUUCUUCCAUGCAUGUAAUAAAAGGCAGUGUUUUUACAACUUGUAAAAAAAUCUGAUAGAAAAUAUUAAAAUAUAUCAUGACUCA